GGGAUUCAUUCAUAGCUUGGUGAGAGUGAGAUCAGAAAAAGCUAAGACAAGGAGAAGGGAAUCCACUUCUACACAUCCCAAGAUCAACGGCAGCCUUACAUUUAUAGCUUAGCCGCUCUUUUUUCUUCUAAUUUCUCUAACGAUACAUUCUACUUCUCUGCCUUCACUUUCCUUCUUCUUCUUCUUCUUCUUCUUCUUCAGGAGCCGCCCUUCUUUUGUUCUUUGCGGGUUCCUCCUAUAGUUUCCCUUCUUUUUUCUAUUCCUUUCUCUUCUGGGUAGGUUGAUUUUUGACUCCUACCCAGAGUCCUAGUUCACGAGACUUGGAUCUCCAAUCCGUUCUUACCCAGAUUGUUUUUGGUGUCGUCCAUCAUUGGGGUAUAUCGGAUUCUCAAUCUUCUUCCUGUUUGCUUCGCUGGGUUCUCAGCCUUUGGACUCAGCAGUCGCUUUAAUAUUGGAUCUGUUUAUCGGCCAGUUUUGUUUCCGAGAUUUGCAUCCCUCUGUCAAUGGGCGUUGUGGAUGAGGGGCAUUUUGCUGGAGAGCUUGAAAAUGGUGUGAAGUUAGGGUCUUCGGAGCUAGAUUUGAAGGUCGAAUCGGAGGCUACUGUCGAUAUUGAGGACGCUGUGAAGAUUCUGUUGCAGGGUCUGGGGGAGGAUUCCAAUAGGGAAGGUCUUAAGAAGACUCCGCUUCGCGUUGCCAAGGCCCUUCGUGAAGGAACCAGAGGUUACAGACAAAAGGUAAAAGAUAUAGUUCAUGGUGCCUUGUUUCCAGAAGCUGGUUUGGAUAGUGCGGUAGGCCAAGCAGGAGGGGCAGGUGGGCUUGUUGUUGUUCGAGACCUUGACCUCUUCUCGUACUGUGAGUCAUGCUUGCUCCCAUUCCAGGUUCAGUGUCAUGUUGGAUAUGUCCCAUCAGGGCAACGGGUGCUGGGCCUUAGCAAGCUUUCCAGGGUAGCUGAUGUGUUCGCAAAGAGACUUCAAGACCCACAACAUCUGGCUGAUGAAGUAUGUUCAGCUUUAUACAAUGGAAUCAAACCAGCUGGGGUUGCAGUUGUUCUCCAGUGUUGGCAUAUUCGGUUCCCGGAAGCAGGAAGAAGCUUUCCUGACCAAAGUCACCUCUCUGUUAAAAUGGGCUUGCAAGGUUGGGUGAGAACCUUGGUUUAUUCUGGUUCUGGAGUUUUUGAAAAUGAAAAAGGAGAGAUGUGGGCUGAUUUUCUGGCUCUUCUGAAGAUCAGAGGUGUAAAUGUGGAGAAAAACCAUUCCCAAACCACUACCAGCCUGUGUUGGUGCCCUUCUAGGUCUUUGGAUGUGCCAGUCUCUAAUGGGCACGUAAGUACAAGCAACUGCUGCAAGGUUUCCUCCAAGACAGGAUCUUCUCAGUCUGCCAUGAUCUCUGCUGUUGCUGCAAUUCUUCGCUCAUUGGGUGAAGACCCGUUAAGGAAAGAACUUGUUGGUACACCCUAUCGUUUUUUGCAGUGGCUGAUGAACUUUAAGAAAUGUAAUUUAGAGAUUAAACUUAAUGGUUUCAGUCCAGCUAAACCCAAUAUGCAUAAAGAGAAUGGAAAUGCCAGCUGCAAUCGAGAUGAAAUGCAGUCUGAGCUGAACAUCCCAUUCUGGUCACAAUGUGAACAUCAUCUCCUGCCUUUCCAUGGUGUGUUGCAUGUAGGGUAUUUCCAUGUCAGUGGAGACAAACCAAUUGAGAGAUCCAUUUUGGAAUCAAUAGUACAUUUUUAUGGUUGCAAACUCCAAGUACAGGAAAGACUUACCAGGCAGAUUGCUGAAACAGUUUCUUCAGCAUUUGGUGUGGAGGUGAUGGUGGUUGUGGAAGCCAACCAUAUUUGCAUGAUAUCCAGAGGAAUUGAAAAGGUGGGAAGUAGUACAGCCACAAUUGCUGUACUUGGUAGAUUUUCUACUGAUCCCACUGCAAAGGCAAUGUUUCUACAGUCUGUUUCAGACAGUAAAGCUUCUGGUGAAUGAGGAAUUUGUAGCUGUGCUUCCCCCUUUCUUCCAUGUUUUCAAUGAAUCUUUUUUCUUGAAUUGUUUACUUCCUUCUGCAAUCCCCCCCCCCCUCUUUAAUCAUUCCUUCCCUUCUUCUUUUCCCUUUGUUUUUGCUUUCUGGGAUGAUGGUGUGGGCAUGCCUAGAAUAAAUCAUAAGCAAGAUCCUGCCAUUGAAAUAUAUGGGUAGCAGAAAUCUGGGUAUCGCUCAAAAUUGAUGUUGAUUGCGCUAGAGUACCUUCCAGUAUAAUUGAAGUAAACCUGGGUGUGACAGCUGAAGAUCUAUUUGGUUCAAGCCUUUUUCAUGUAUCUUUUACUUAUGGCACAAAAUCUAAUGAGACUUAUAGGAAAGUUUCAUUUCCUGGGUUGUCUUUUUUUUGGAACUUUUAAUUUUGGGAGAAAUUGAUCUUUAACCUGUAUCAUUUAGUCA